AUGGGCUUGCUCGCGGUGGGUCGUCACAGCAAGGAUAUGGCAGUGAUGGAGGAAUACUUCUCCGACAAGGUGGUUUGGGUCACGGGAGCAUCAGCUGGCUUUGGAGAAGCACUGUGUGUUGCUCUCUGCCAAGCGGCAAAACCUGGGGGACUGAUCCUGAGCGCUCGGCGCAAGGAUGAGCUGGAACGGGUCAGGUCAAGAUGCUUAAAGCUGUCUCCUGACUUGAAGACAGAAGUGCUGCCACUAGAUCUGUCGGACCUGUCCCGGUUGCAGUUGGCGGCUGAGGAAGCAAAAGGUCUAUUCGGACGCGUAGAUGUUCUUGUGAACAAUGGCGGGGUCGGAUUUAGAGGCCUCGGCUACCAGACUUCAAUCGAGACGGACCAGCACGUGAUGAACGUGGACUUCUUCAGCGGCGUUGUCUUGCUGAAAGCCCUGCUGCCAGACUGGCUGAGGAGGCAAAGUGGCCAUGUCGUGCAAAUCUCCUCGGUGCAGGGCUUCUUUGGCUUGCCUGGCCGAACAGCCUAUGCAGCUGCAAAGCACGCUGCUGUUGGCUUCUACGACUCGUUGCGGGCAGAGGUGGCUGACAACGGCAUAGCUGUAACCACUGUUUGCCCUGGAUACAUAGCAACCGAGCACGCACGAAACGCUGCCAAAAGUGAUGGGGUGCAGGUCGAGCCCGAGAUCAAAGGCGUGGCUCCAGAUAAACUCGCUCCCAAAGUUCUGGCAGCAAUUGCACGACGCAAAGCAGAAAUGGUGCCCGCUGCACUAGACGCUCGAGUAGCUCGCUUGCUGCGCACCCUCUUUCCAACACUUUUCUUCUCCAUCAUGCGGAGGUCCAAGCUGUGA